CGCUGUUUAUAUAUGGUGUUUAUAGAUAAACACAGAGAUAAAAUAAAUCGUGACGUUUCUCUUUGUGGUUUUGUAUAUGCCCUUGCAGACAGCAUGGCCAAUGCUGGGGGUGGACGUUUUCGUCCUCGUCUACUUGAUCAGUUGCGUGUUUCAGCUGAACGGGAAGCCCGCAUUCCAUGACUGAUGCAUACAACCACAAACGAGCUAGCAGAGUACAUCGAUUCCGAAGACAAAGAUCCGCAGGCCAAUGUGGCACAACAAGGGUUUCUUGUCGAUUACGUGACGCGGCAUCGUGACGGAAAAACUAUGAUGGACAUGUAUUUAGCAAAUCUCGAUGAGCCUGAGGCGGUUGAGGCUGUGCACAGGACUUUGACGACAAUUCAUGGGGAAACGCGCAAAGACUUGUUGUCGUUGCUUCGUAAAUUAACCGUCUAUGAUUACACUGACAUAUAUGCUCCUCCACGAAGUGGUGAUGCAAUCUCUUUCGGUCGAACGAUUGCUCAUAAAAUGUUCGGCGUUCCGGAGAUGCCCUGCGUUAAUGCCAAUCUGCGACGCAUGAACCCGCAACCCCAAUUGGCUGCUCCGCCUGCGGACAACGCACAAUGCCAAUUGCAGGCUCCAGUUGCGGGCAAUGUACAACAUGGCUCACCAGCUCCAUCUGCGGAUAAUCCUGUUGAUGCUGCUGUGUCAAAGGCCCCGCCGCCAACGAGCCUGGAACCAAACACGCAAUCGGUACGUGUGGUGGCGGUGCCAGCUGUGGAUGCAGGAUCCGGCUUUGCGCCCUUGUUAUUCUCUUCACCGCAUCCGCAGUUGGUGAGCAUAACAACAACGGCGGCUGCAGUUGCAGACUCGGGUUUGACAUCUUCGCCGGCUCCGAAGUUGCAUUCGGAGUCUGUGAACACAACAACAACAGUUUUGUCUGAAGCGAGAGGACAACCAAACCACGAAGCCAUGAACAUGUUGUUGCCGGAACAAAUCCCUAAAAUGUCAGGCUUGCAGAUGUGUGAUGUGCAGGGCAAAAUGGAAUCUGCAAUAUCUUCAAAGAAGGAGAAGACAAAGAUGAAGAUUGCAGAGAAACGCAGUGCAUCAUCUGCAUGCAGCUUAAAACGGGGGAUUGUGAGUGUGACCGAAAAUGAAGGUGCAUCAAAUGCAGUUACAGAAAACACAAGUGAUCCUAUGUUGCAGUUGACACGGAAGAAGACUCGAGAAGGACAAUAGAGACUAGGGAUGCUUGGGGAAAACAGCGACACUCCGACAUCUCAUUCACACAGACCACAGUUACGGCGCUCAUGCUUAAGA